GAUAGAGAAAGUUAAAGUUAAAUCAAAUCAACUAACAAUUUACCAACAAUCAACAUUGUCAUGAGAUAAUAAAUCAAUACUCAUAAUCAGAAUUAAUUGUUAAUUUUGUGAAGAAAAUUUUUUUCUCUGUUUUUUAAAUCAUUGGAUUAAUUAAUUUAAUCAUCGAUACGAUUUUCUCUCAGUGAUUUAUUUCAUGGUGAUUGUUGAUCAACAAAUCAAAUAACAUGAUGAUUUGUUGACAAUUUGAUUCCGUUCACAGUUUUUUUUGUUGAUUUUCCUUGAGAAAAACAAAAGAAAACAAAUCAAUCUAAUUAUUAAUUAUCAUCAUUAUCAUCAUCAUAUUUAUAAUCUAUUGAUUGGUUUAGUUGAUUGUUCAUCAUUUCCACAUGUCUACCAAAGUCAUGGUAACACCAAGUUCAUUACCAACAAUUACUGGUCGAUCACAUUUCAAUAUUCAACAGAUAUUAGGCUUAGAUGAAUCAUCAUCUUCAUCUUUAAAUAAUCAACAAUCAACUGAUUCUGGACAAAGUGUCAGAGUAAAUAAUCAUAAUAAUAAUAAUAACUGUGAUGUUGAUGGUUCACCCAAUUCCCAAUCAUCAACAGCCACAGUAACACCAACAACGGUAACAACAAUUAACUGGAAUCACCAUGAGCCAAGUAUUAGUGGCGGUGGUAAACAACAGACAAACAAUCAUGAAACCAUAUCACCCUCAUCAGUAUCAUCUUCAACCCAAUUAACACCAACUGAUUAUCAUCAUCAUCAUCGAUCACCUAACGGUACUUUAAAUAGUUUAUAUGAAAGUUCAUUAAAUGGAUACACCAACAAUAAUGGUAAUAUAAAUAGGGAGACAAUUAUUGGUGGUGGUGGUGGUCAAGCUCAUCCAUCAUCAUCACCUAUUAAUGGUAAUGCUCAACAUCAUCAUCAUCAUCUAACUUCACCCUCACCCCAACAUCAUCUUCACCCUCAAACCCAACCACAAACCUCCCCAUCACUACCUCCAGUUUCAUCUCAUCAUCAACAAUCACCAUCAACAUCAUGUUUCUCUGCCUUCACCUCAGCCUCAAUGUUAGGUGCUUACCUUUACCGGCCCUCAUCGGCCACCGCUGCUGCUGCAGCUGCCCUCAUGUCCGGAUUACAGGGUCAUCCUCAUCAUCAUCACCAUCACCACCUACCCCAGCAUCUUCAUCAUCAUAAUCAUCAUCAUCAUUCACCCUCUUCCACUGCAACCGCAACCGCAGCAGCAGUUGCCGCUGUUGCCGCUGCAUCAGCUGGCUCAUUUUCCCCAGCUUCAGCUUCAUCAGCCGUUAAUCAUCAUGGUGUCACAGGUUCAAUUAUGUCAGAAUUUAGUCGAUUAAGCGGAAACGGAAAUGAUGUUGACAAUUCAGGUUCAUCUUUAGGAUCAUCGACAAAAAAGAAGAAGAAAAAAAGGAGACACAGCAACACCCAACAAGGUGGUUUAGAGGUGGAUAAGAGGAGAGGAAGAGAGAUUAAUCAAAGCUCAUCCAGAACAAUAUUCACAAGUUAUCAAUUGGAGGAAUUGGAAAAAGCCUUUAAAGAUGCUCAUUAUCCUGAUGUAUAUGCAAGGGAAAUGUUAUCGGUUAAAACUGAUUUACCUGAGGAUAGAAUACAGGUUUGGUUUCAAAAUCGUCGAGCCAAAUGGAGGAAAACCGAAAAGUGUUGGGGAAAAAGUACAAUUAUGGCUGAGUAUGGACUCUAUGGUGCAAUGGUCAGACAUUCGUUGCCUUUACCGGACAGUAUUCUGAGGUCGGCUCGUGAUGGCGAUGCUCAAUGUGCCCCAUGGCUUUUAGAUCAGAAUCGCAAAAGCUCACAACAUCAAUAUGACUCAAGCGAAUCCCAUCAUUUUGACUUCGCAGGGAUGCAUAAAAAGUCCAUUGAAGCAGCUGAUAAACUACGAGAUUCGGACACUGAAGGUGAAUCUCGAGAUGUUCCAAGUCCAGUUACCUGCCCAAGCCCUGGGGCGAUGAAAAAUUUACGAAUCGACCAUGGAAACAUAAACCAAUUAAUGAUUAACAAUGGACAAAAUAGUAACAAUUCAAGUAACAGUUCAAGCAUUGGUGGUGGCAGUGGUAAUGGUGGUAACACCGGUGGUGGAAACAACAACAACAAUAAUAAUAAUAAUCACAAUAAUAGUAAUAAUAAUCAUGUUAUUGACUUGGGCAGCUCAAUGGCUCUAACACUUAGCCAUCCAUCAUUAACAAAUCACCACAAUCUUGCUCACAAUGGAUCGUCUAUUCAAUUGUAUUCAAUUCAAGAUCGGAACCAUUCAACGUCCAAUACAACUAAUAACAAUUUAAACAAUAAUAAUAACAGUAAUAAUAAUAAUAAUAGUAAUAGCAAUCAACCUCAUCCAUUAACAACAACAAUUACAACAACAACAGGACCAUUGACUUAUGCCUUUUCUGGAUCGAGACAUAUUUAUUAAUACAAUUAACUAAUUACUAUAUAUAUAAAAUACUAUUAUUAUUAUUGGAAUAUGAUUAUUAUUAUUAUGUGGGUUAUUAUUUUACCUGAUUAUCAUUGUGAUUACCGAUGACGAUUCUAACGAUUAAGGAAACAUGUCGAUCAAUUAAUUAAGACACAAACCUUAAGACACCAACAAUUAAGCGACUUAUGUAAUAAUGAUAAUAAGUUUCUCUCUCAUUGUAAUAAUCGCUGACAAUUUAAUGUUCAUAAUUAACUUUAUCUUAUCCUUUUCUUUUUCUUUUUGAUAUAUAAAUUAAUUAAUUGUGCUUAAUUUCACGCCUAAUUAAUCAAUUCCGUCAGUAAACACCAAAGAAACGCGAUCAAACUGCAAAUCAUCAAAAAAAAACAAACAAAAACUAUUAUUGAUAUUCAACUGAUUAAACGUAUGAUUAACUGAUAAUAAAUUAAUUUCGAUGAUUAAAUCGAAAAUCAAAGUUA